AUGGCGCAGUCGGGCGGCCUGCUGUGCGCGGAGCAGCUCCAGUGCUCCAUCUGCCUGGACGUCUUCACCAACCCGGCGUCCACGCCCUGCGGCCACAGCUUCUGCAUGGCCUGCAUCGGCCGCUUCUGGGACGGCAGCAGGGUGUGCCGCUGCCCGCUGUGCAAGGAGGUCUUCAGCGCCCGGCCCCGCCUGCACAUCAACCGCACCCUGAAGGGCAUCGCCGAGCUGGUCAAGGGCGCGCCGGGCCGGGCCGGAUGGGCAGAGCCCCUUCCCGCCCCCGCCCUGGAGGGGCUCGCACUGGCGAGCUCGCAGGGGCCCCUGUGCCCGAAGCACCAUCGCCGGCUGGAUCUCUUCUGCAAGACCGACGAUGCCUUGAUCUGCGAGGGGUGUCUGGAGAUGGACCACGAGGGCCAUACCAUCGCCCUCACCAGCCGGGAGUGGCUCAUUAGUAAGUCUCAGCUCGGGACCAGCCAGGCAGAAAUCCAGGAGAUGAUCAGGUACCGGGUGGUUAAGGUGGAAGAGCUGAGGACAUCACAGGACGGAUUCUGUACGUCGACCGGGCGGGAGACGCAGAGCAGCAUGCGGGCGCUGAAGGCGCUGGCCAGCUCCGUGGAGACCGCCCAGGCCAAGCUCCUGGAGGUGAUCCAGAUGAACAGGCUGGCUGCUGAGCAGCAGGCCCAGGGUCUGGUGGAGGAUCUGGAGCGGGAGAUCAGCCAGCUGAGGAAGAGGAACGACAUGCUCACCCAGCUCUCGCUCACCGAAGACUACACCCUCAUGCUCAAGCACUUUCCCACCCUCUGCACUCCUCCGCAAACAAAGGACUGGUCGGGCGUGUCCGUGAACUCUGACCUCUGUGUGGAGGGGAUAGGCAGAGCGGUGUCGCAGCUGACCGAACGUUUCCAGGAAGAACUGCAACGGCUGCCAGAAAUGAGCAUUCGUUUUCCUGUGGAGGCCUCCCCAAUGAGACUACAGCCAAAAGAAAUCAAGAUGCAAGACUAUGCAGUGGAAGUGACGUUCGACGACGCGACGGCCCACCCUAAACUGGUCUUGUCCGAGGACAGAAAGCAGGUUUGGUGCGGAGACAAGUUAAAGAGGGUCCCAGACAACCAGGAGAGAUUCGAUCGGGUGAUCUGUGUCCUGGGACGGGAGGGCUUCACCGGGGGGAAGCACUACUGGGAGGUUGGGGUGGCGGGCAAGACAGACUGGGACAUAGGCGUGGCCAUCCAUUCCAGCCACAGGAAGGGCAAGCUCAUCGUCACCCCGGGCAACGGCUACUGGUUCCUGAGCCUCCGGGACAACAACAACUUCAACGUCCGGCCGUCGACCUCAGGCGGCCAAAAGCGAAUUCCCCACGUGAUAGGAGUGUUUCUGGACUAUGAGAGGGGACAGGUGUCUUUUUACAACGUAGGCACCAAGGAGCUCAUCCACACUUUCACCGACACCUUCUCUAAGACGGUGUAUCCCUUCUUCAGUCCCUGUGGGAACAAGUCUGGACGAAACGAGGCACCCCUGGUUAUUACGCCGGUGCACUAACUGAUGGAGAUAUAUCACCCAGAGGGGGCGUCUCACUAUUUGCUUGCUUAUUCAGUAUGGCAGUGGGCACAUUACUCCAAUGUACAGUGUUUCUCAAGCCCAGGCC